AUGAAGACCCCAUCUGUUCUCGUUGCCGCUGCCCUUGCUUCUGCUGUCAUUGCUGACAGCGGUAGUUCGAUCACUACCACUAUCACUGCUACCAAGAACGGUCACGUCUACACCAAGACCGUGACCCAGGAUGCUACUUUCGUGUGGGGUGGUGAAGACAGCUACGCUGCUUCGACCUCUGCUGCUGUCUCUUCCGAGGCCAGCUCUUCUGCUGCUCCUUCUUCUACUUCCGAGGCCAGCUCUUCCGCUGCUCCUUCUUCUACUUCCGAGGCCAGCUCUUCGGUUGCGACUUCUGAGGCGGCCUCCAGCUCCGCUGACGUCGACACUGGAAGCGGUAGCUCGAUCACCACCACUAUCACUGCUACCAAGAACGGUCACGUCUACACCAAGACCGUGACCCAGGAUGCUACUUUUGUGUGGACUGGUGAGGGCAGCUACGCCGCCUCUUCGACCAGCACCUCUGCUGCUCCAUCUUCCUCUGACUCCGCUGUCAGCCAGACUACUGUGACCUCUUCCACUGUUGCUUCAUCUUCAACUGAAGCCUCCUCCUCCUCCUCCUCUGCUACCAUAAGCUCUUACACUGGUGGUGCCGCCGGUGUCACCGUUGGUACUGGUAUGCUUGGUGCUGCCGUUGCUGCUUUGUUGAUCUAA